AUGAAAAAUGAAUGGAUCUAUUCAACAACACCAACAACUGGUGAUUAUGGAGGUACUUACCUAGUUCGUCAUAAAAAUUUUAAGAUAUCAUGGCUUGAUCGUGGAAUUCAAUUAUAUCUGCGAGUUGAUAAUAAUAGUGAAAUUAUUGGCGAGUCAGGAACAGUCACAAAUGGUGAUGUUUCCAUUUCGGUAUCCUACAAGUUGUUUCCAGAUGUUAAUUACAUUAACAUCAUCCAUACAGUUACAAACAAAGGGAAAAUAUCUCAUGUUGUAGAUCAUCGGUGCUUUUCAGAUAUCGCCAUCGAAGGAAGCAAAAACGAUGGUGACAUGUGCCCUCAACGAAAUAUUGAAAGAAAUUGUGGUGCUGAAUUCAUAAAUGAUAGAACCGUUCGAUUUCUUCUUCGAGAUUUCCCUUUUGUCACGAAUGUUGAUACAUAUUCAUAUUAUAAUUGUCCUGGAUAUGGGGAUUGGAAUAAUUGCACUGAAUAUCCAUAUGUUAAAGUUGGUGCUUGGAUUUUCUUUUCAUGGCAAAAUCGAUUAAUUGCACCUCAUGAAUCGAAAUCAUAUUCGUAUUCUAUCGGUAUAGGUGAAUAUAAUCCAAAGAUAUUACCAGAACGAACAUAUAUCAUCGAUAAUAAUGAAGAUAUUCCAAAGUUUCUUUGUUUUAUUAUAUUACCAUAUAUUUUUGAGUUAUCUUAA